UGAAGGUAGGCUGGAAGGUGUGCUGGGCGAAGGCAGAGGAGGAGGAGGAGCAGAGCCGCAUAGCCUUCCUCUCCCACGACAUCAGCAUGCUGCGCCUCUUCGAGACCUUCCUGGAGAACACCCCGCAGCUCACCCUGCUCCUCUACGUUAUCCUGCGGACAAACAAGGCAGAGCCCUCCCAGGGACUGGGGAUCUGCACUGCGUUCCUGUGUGUGACCUGGUCUCUACUGGACUACCACCAGUCCCUGCGCUCCUUCUUGCAGGACAAGUACGGGCUGAGCCUGGGCUCCUCCAUCGUCUACUUCCUGUGGAACCUCUUCCUCAUCUGCCCCCGCAUCCUCGCGGUCGCCCUCUUUGCCCUGCUCUGGCCCUAUGGCGUGGCUGUCCACUUCCCGCUCGUGUGGCUGGCAAUGUUCGUCUGGGUCAGCCUGCAGGGCACAGACUUCAUGGAGUCGCCUGGCCCCGAGCAGCUCUACCGGGCCAUGGUGGCCGUGAUCCUCUACUUCAGCUGGUUCAAUGUGGCUCAGGGGAGGACGCUGUACCGCAGCAUCAUCUAUCACGGCUUCAUCCUGGUGGACAGCACGCUGCUGGCCCUCUCCUGGCUCUGGUGCCGGUCCCCCUCUGACGAGCACUCGUACCUCGUCCCGGUGGUCUCCGCCACCCUGCCCUGCUAUCUGCUGGGGCUGGCGCUGAGAGUCAUGUACUACCAGUGGCUGCACCCCAAUGUGCAGGCGCAGCAAGAACGUGGCUAUGACGAGGUGGAUGCCAACGCGAGGAGCGAUGGGCUGGCAUUUCGCUCGCUCUCGGUGCCAGACCUUGUGAACAGGCGGAUGCAGUGGCUGGCCCAGACCCAGUUUCCCAUCUCCCGGCCAGCAGGGCAGCGCUUCCUGAAUGGGGAUGCUGCUGUUGAGUCUGCUGUCUGAGGCCGGCUCCUCCAAAGUGACUUGCCAGGGAGAUGAUAGAUUUGUUAGUCCUGCUCCUGGUUGUGUCCCCCCAGGCUGUUGUUUUGGGCAGCUGGAGGGACCAGGCAGAAACCAGGGGUGAUGUGCAAGCACCCGGCAAGUCCCGCAACACACAGCACAGCUCCCAUGGCUGUGCCCUCGGGGAGAACCGCGGUGUUUGUGGGGGGUCCAGCGU